AUGCAUAUCAAAAAACCACGUCUCUGGUCACCAAGUACAAGAUCCAAUUUUGAAAUGGCGGUGCCUUCAUCUGCGCAAUUCAUAGAAUGCGGUGGAAGCAGAUCCAGCACGCCCUGCACAAGAUCAAAUGUUGAAAUGGCGGUGCCUUCACCUGCGCAAUUCAUAGAAUGUGGUGGAAGCAGAUCCAGCACGCCUUGCACUACUCAAAUAGAGACCAUUCCACCAAAAAAGCGUCAUAUUUUAACAGAUAUUGAAAUUGACGAUAUUCUGAAUUUUGGUAGCGAAGAAGAAAGCGAGUCUGAAGACGAAGCAUUCCCCAUUUUCGUGCCAAGGACAGCUUUUUGUUUGACACCUAUAUACCGCAGUAGAGAAGACAUGGCUGGAAAAGACGAUAAUAAACCUGAAAGUACGGAAACAGGUAUUGAUGAAAAUGUAAGCAAUGAUGAUGACAGUGAAAAUAUUCGAGAAGAAUACGAAAUUUUGGACUCCAAAUUAGACGAACUAAAUUUGGCUCUCGACUUCUUAGAGAGAAAAAAUGACGAUAUCCAUAAAAAACUUAAAGAACUUUUACAGUCUAACAUAGACAUCCGCCAGCAAUUAAAAAAUGAAAAUUGCCAAGGCAGCGACAAUGAAUGA